AUAAACAAUGGCUUAUUUUGGCCAGAAACGCCAACAUUUGACCUUACCCAUAGUCAUCACCGAAAGCACAACCUGUGCUGGUGUCGCUCCCUAUUUGCAUGGCAGACCAUUGGAGUGACUGAAACAGCAGCUGCAGGUUUAUUUGACUGCAAUGCAAGGAAAGAAGAGAUGACAAGCUGGUAAACACUCACUCCUUCGAGACACCUGGAUUCAAGUGUUCUAGCAGGGAGCCAAGAUGGGGAUAAAGGAAAUGCUGAACUGGGCGCGGGUUCCCUCGAUCCUCCUGCUCGGGAUGGUUUACGUGACCUAUGUACUGAUCGGCGGUGUGAUUUUCUGGAAGUUGGAGGGAGAUCUUGGCGAGAAAGACAUCAAUCGGCUACUCUUGAACAAAAAGAAGCUGCUUACGAGGUACACCUGUCUGAACCAAGAAGGCCUGGAACGAGUGGCUGAGGGAGACCACUGGAUUAACAUGGGGAACACGAUCCAACUCCUUAAGGUUGUUCAAGCAGCGUCCAAGGUGGGACUUAGUUUGAAAGGCAACCAGACCGCGGACGGCUUCUGGAAGUUCACCAGCUCAGCUGUGUUUGCUGCCACUGUAGUCACAACAAUAGGUUAUGGGAACAUGAGUCCAAGUUCUACUGCUGGCCAGAUAUUCUGUGUGUUCUUCGCACUAUUUGGUAUCCCGCUCAACUUGGUGGUGCUCAACAGGGUCGGCAAGUACAUCCUUGCAAUAGAGAGGAAUGUCUCUGACUUCCUCGAGGGGAAGACCAAGCGAAGGAAGUGUACCCGCUUCUUUGUCCACCUGGUGUCUUACCUGUGUGGAGCAGUGCUCUUCUUUGUUAUGCCCAUGAUUGUGUUCCAACUGCAAGAGGGCUGGACCUUCUCCCAGGCCAUCUACUAUUGCUUCAUCACCCUCAGCACCAUCGGCUUUGGAGACUUUGUGGCAGACAGUAAUCCGGACAAAGUGUACCCAGAUUGGUACAGCGUCCUCAUGGCCUCCUGGAUCUUCUUUGGCCUGGCCUGGCUCGCCCUCCUCAUCAACCACUCCAUCGACAUCCUGGAGCGGCUCAACACGCACUGCAGAAUGCGCUGGGGUGGUCAGAAGCCAGAGGAAGAGUCUGGCAGUGCAGAGGGAGAAAACCCAGACACACAGGUGGAGGAGGAAGACGAGAACAAGAAGCCACCAAUAAUUCAGUAAAAAAAGGUGAAGAUUUCAGUAAGCUUAACCUAGUUGUAGUCUGUAAAUCAGGACAUGGGAAACAGGCGUAAACUAUUGGAUAAUGUUGAGCCAUGGCAGGGUGUGUGUGUGUGUACGUGUGCAUGUUUGUGUGUUAUAAGACUAAAUGUUGAGAGUGUGAUACUGCCGCUAAAAUAUUGACUCAUUUUUGUUGAGUGAGGAUUUUUUUCCCACACUGUUAAUAUGUGACUCAUUAUUGUGUGCUUGUUAAUGUACUUGGUUUAAGAAAAACCUCUGCGAUUAGAGUGUAAGGAUACUAGGUCAACACUUACUUUGCUCCAUGUAUAUGUCCAUGGGUUAGUGGUCAGGAUAAACUGCAGUCAGUGUUGUCUGUGGCUCUCUCGUGUGUUGCUAAUGACCACAAACCAAGUCAUUUGCCAACUAAGUAGCCAUUUGCAUUUGACUGUGUGAGAGACAGAAUGGCCCAUGCACCACUUAUUGACUGUUGAUGCCCACAAUUUAAACAUUUGUCAACUGCAAAUACAUUUAAAUGUAUUUAAUUAUUUUUCAUUCAAAUUGAAGGUCAUGGGAUUUUUUUCUCGUAAGAAACCUAAUUAUUUGACCACACUAAACACAAUGAUACAACAACUCAUAUCUAAAUGUACCCAAUACAAUUCUACUAGUAUAUUAAAACCAGAUUGUUUUAAAUGUGUACUUUAGGGAAGCCCAUAAAUGCUGAAAUUAUCUUUGCAUCCACUAGGUGUCGUUACAAUACUAGUGGAAAAGUCAACCCUGAGGAAAAGCAGCAAACACUCACUGUAUGUUAGUGUAUAAUGUAAUAAUAUAAACUAACCAUAUUAUAUAUAUAAUCCUCACACUCAAUAUAUUCAUGCUCUUCAUAUGUUUCUGUCCCAGUGCAGGUAUAUAUAAGCUCUAUCAUGCAACUUUUAUAGAAAUGUUAUUUCUUGUGCUUAUUACAUGAUUAAAUAAAAGUGUACA